AUGGAAACCAUAGUGUUUAGAUUGGGUCAAAUUCCCCUGCCCUCCUCUCAUGACCCUAUUCCUAACCCCUACCCUCUUUCUAUUCUCCCUCACCACUCUAUCCUUGAGCAGUCCUCUGUAUAUUAUCUCCCCCCUCCCCGCUUUGUUUUGAUUCUCCUAUCUUGCUUUCUCUCUCUCUCUCUCUUGGAUUAUCUCUAUCUCUCUCUCUCUCUCUCUCUUGGAUUACUUGCUCCUAUCUCGCUAUCUCUCUCUCUCUUUCUUGGAUUACUUGCUCCUAUCUCGCUCUCUCUCUCUCUCUCUCUCUCUCUCUCUCUCUCUCUCUCUCUCUGGAUUACUUGCUCCCUAUCUCGCUGUCUCUCUCUCUCUCUCUCUCUUGGAUUACUUGCUCCUGUCUUGCUGUCUCUCUCUCUCUCUCUCUCUCUCUCACUUGGAUUACUUGCUCCUAUCUCACUGUGUGUCUCUCUCUCUUGGAUUACUUGCUCCUAUCUUGCUGUCUCUCUCUCUCUCUCUCUUGGAUUACUUGCUCCUAUCUCGCUGUGUCUCUCUCUCUCUCUUGGAUUACUUGCUCCUAUCUCUCUCUCUCUCUCUCUUGGAUUACUUGCUCCUAUCUCUCUCUCUUGGAUUACUUGCUCCUAUCUCUCUCUCUUGGAUUACUUGCUCUAUCUCUCUCUCUUGGAUUACUUUAUCUCUCUCUCUCUUGGAUUACUUGCUCCUAUCUCUCUCUCUUGGAUUACUUGCUCCUAUCUCUCUCUCUUGGAUUACUUGCUCCUAUCUCUCUCUCUUGGAUUACUUGCUCCUAUCUCUCUCUCUUGGAUUACUUGCUCCUAUCUCUCUCUCUUGGAUUACUUGCUCCUAUCUCUCUCUCUUGGAUUACUUGCUCCUAUCUCUCUCUCUUGGAUUACUGGCUCCUAUCUCUCUCUCUUGGAUUACUUGCUCCUAUCUCUCUCUCUUGGAUUACUUGCUCCUAUCUCUCUCUCUUGGAUUACUUGCUCCUAUCUCUCUCUUGGAUUACUGUCUCUCUCUCUCUUGGAUUACCCCUAUCUCUCUCUUGAUUACUCUCUCUCUCUCUUGGAUUACCUGUCUCUCUCUCUCUCUUGGAUUACCCCUGCUCUCUCUCUCUCUCUCUCUCCUUCCCCUCUCUCUCUCUCUCCCCCUCCCUCUCUCUCUCUCUCUCUGAUCCUCUCCCCCCCCUCUCUCUCUGAUCCUUCCCCCCUCUCUCUCUCUCUCUGA